AUGGCGGAAGAACACAGACUCCAGGAGCCACGGUUAUGCGUUAAUAACUGCGGAUUCUUCGGAAGCACCGCUACACAGAAUCUCUGCUCGAAAUGUUUUCGAGAUCUACAGCACCAACAACAAAACUCCUCCUCAGCCAAACACGCCCUUAACCAAACCUUAGCCGCCGCUGCUUCCGCCGUUUCUGGUGCUGCGUCCUCAUCCGUAUCACCACCACAAGUAUCUCCACCGCCUCCAGCCGAUCUGACAUCAGAUCCGAAAGAAAUCGGCGAAACGAACCCCGAGAAACAUGCGGAAACCGAGGCGGAGGAGAAGGAAGAGGCGCCACCGCAAGAUCCGAAGCGGUGCUUGACUUGCCGGCGGCGCGUGGGGAUCACGGGGUUUAGAUGCAGGUGUGGGUUCGUUUUCUGCGGGACACACAGGUACGCGGAGCAACACGAAUGCUCCUUCGAUUUCAAGAGGAUCGGGAAGGAGAAGAUCGCAAAGGCGAAUCCGAUUGUGAAAGCGGAGAAGCUUGAGAAGAUCUGA